UAAAUAAUCAAAUUUUCCUAUCUGUGAUUAUGGAAUGAGAUUCUAUUUUGUCUUCCAAACUGGUCAAGCGUCACUAUGCUCCAGCAGAAUAAAAGCCAGCUCUUCCAUCUGUGCAUCUCCAGCAUUUUGCACAGGUUUCCAUAUGAGAUCAAACACAUUAAGAUGUUAAAUAUUGAAUAAUUUCUGCAGGAAAAGCUAAUAAAUCAGAGGAUAAAACGGCAGAAGAUUGAAUUGUACUAAUUCUGUGGUCUGUGUCUGCAUUUUAGCGUGCGUGCAGGUGUGUUUAAAAAAAACCUAGUAGAAAAAAAGAGGAGGAGGGGAAUCACAUCGGUGACAUUUUCAAGCUCCCGCUCUGAUUGGCUCCUAUACGAGGAAGCUCACGGCUUCUUUCAACUAAUAAGCGCCUCCCCGUCGCUCUAAAGGACAUUAUAAUGCAAGGGACCUCCUUUUUUAACCACAAACUGAAUUUUCGUUCAUUUAGACGAUAUACUUUUUUAAAUUGCCCCAAAGUUACGGGAUUUUUUUCGGAGCGCCUUUCGCCCUGGAGCGAUACGCGAUGCUCUCUCACGCCGACCUCCUGGAUGCUCGGCUCGGUGAGUUAUCAUCACUAAACUCCGGCCCGAAACUCCAGUGGAUGAAGGAUGCUGCGGAGCUCCUCGGCCAUAGAGAAGCUCUCAAGUGCCGACUGGGGGGUGGGGUUCCGGACCAGGGGCAUCCGGGAGACAUGGCCCCUGGUUCGGACUCCGUAGAGGGAACCACUCUCCUGCCGGGGGAAGAUAUCACCACCGUGGGGUCCAACUCUGCUGGCAUGCCGGUAAACGGGAAACAGGAGCAGGAGAAGCAGCAGCAGCAGCAGCAGCCACAGCAGAGCUCCGGUCAGUCCGCCAGCCAGCAGAAACAGAAGCGGCACAGGACGCGCUUCACCCCGGCGCAGCUCAACGAGCUGGAGCGCAGUUUCGCCAAGACCCAUUACCCCGAUAUCUUUAUGAGGGAGGAGCUGGCGCUAAGGAUCGGCCUCACCGAGUCCAGAGUUCAGGUAAGCGAUCAAGUUAGAGCUGCUGCUCUCAGACACUGACGCCGGAUGGGCUUGAGCUUCUCUGAGACUGUUCGAAAUUCAAUUUUAAUCACACCUGGGAGGCUUGUCGGAUACGUUUUAUUAGUUCUUUUUUUUAAUAUAAAUAUUUGAAUAAGUUAUUUGGAAUCGUAAUGUAUAUAUAUAUUUUUUAAAUAUUAGAAGCACUAAACUGAAUGCGCGCCUUGGUGCUUCUUGCUUUUGCUAAAACACAUGAAGCCUGGAAUUAAAGGUGUGUUCAUAUGAAUAGAGUAAUAUUUUCUAUUUCAGGUUUGUGGGCCAUGAGAUAUCCGGCAUUAAUAGGAACCAUCGUUUCAUUUUUAGCGAAAGUCAAAAGAAAUAUAUAUUAAAAAAAAAUAAAAAAUACCAACGUGUGGUUCCACUUUAACAAAAAAAAAAAAAAUUGUGACAGGCGUCAAUUGUAAAGCGCACCUAAAUGUCCCAGUCUCUGUCCAAGGUGCUGAAGUACUCUUCAUCUACAGAUAAGUCCGCCCUUUACUGCAGCCAGACUCGUUUAUUUUACUUUUACAGUCAUGAAGCAUGAUACGACAUUUGUGAAAUGCCCUUAAGUAAUCAAGCAAGUUAUUUUAUUAAUAAAAUUAAAAUUGUUUUUUUUGUUUUUUGUUUUCCUGGUUUCAUCCUUU